AUGGUGGAAUUCAGAGUUGCCGAUUACGCCAGUAAAGGCGAGGCUGUGCUACCGCGGGACGUGACGUGUUUUAUCGUGUUUAUUGAAGACGUGUCUGAAUCGAAAGAAAAAGCCUUGGAGGAAUGGAAAUACUACCAUAACCCGAAUAGAGCCCCGUUUGAACGGAUGGAGCACGUGAGCCGACCGGUGAUCUACGGGAUUGACUUGGAUGAAUCGCCCGAGGAGGUCAACAGAAAGAUGUCUGCAUCGGCAACUUUCAAGCUCACGCUCAAAGACUCCCACGAUAACUACUUCUACGGCAUCGAGGUCGAAAAGCUACCUUUUCUUCAUCCACAGGCGUCCCACACAGGCACACCGCUACCGAUACCGCUAGGGGGCAAGCUCUCGGUGAAAGCCGGCACCAAAGUGUAUAACGGAGUGGUGUGUCUCACGGCACGCCAUUGCAACUAUUUGGGACACGACGAGAGUCUGCCGCUAGUGCAGCAGCUCAAUGCCGGCGUCGUGGAAAAGUACAUAGAUAUAAUGGAGCGGCAGCUCAGCGGGGGCUGA